AUGGCCCAUUUCGUUCCUGCAAAGAAGUCCUUCACAGCAGUAUGCACCGUGGAGCUUCUCGCAGACCCCCUUAUUCGCUAUCACGACUUUCCAGAGGGGCUCAUAUCGGACCGAGACUCCGGUUUCCCCUGGGAUCUCUGGCAACAGCUCUGUAGCCGUUUUAACAUGAAAUGCGCCAUGUCCUCGUCCUACCUUCCCCAGAGCGACGCUCAAACUGAAAGGGUUAACCGCGCACUGGAGGAGAUGCUUUGUACCUACAUCCAAUCUGAAGAACGCGAGUGGGAGUGCCUGCUUCCGGCGUUGGAACUUGCCUAUAACACGACAAGCCAUUUAUUCACCGAGCUCUCUCCCUUCGAGGUCAUGAUCAGCAAGAACGCUGACUGCUGCGACUCUUGA